GAGCCGCCAGGUGGCGACAGAGCUGCGUCAGGUAGCAGAAGAAGAAGAAGACAAACAGGAAGUGGUUGUCAGGUAGUCUGUGUCUGGUUGAAAUAUAAACCGGCUCGGCUCUGUUCGGUUCUGCUCGGUUCUGCUCGGUUCCGCUCAGCUCGGCUCGGUUCGGCUCAUGGCGGCCGUGGACGUGGAGGAUGAGAGCAUCCUGGCGUCCAUCUUUAAGGACAGCUUCCCGGACAGCUGGAGGGACGUCCCGGACUUCACGGCCUACCUGUCCGAGCUCAGCGGGUUCGGGGUGGACCAGCUGGGCCGGGAGCCGGAGCGGCUGGCGGAGGAGCGGGCCCAGAUCCUGCAGCAGACCCGAGAGCUGGCCUUCUCGAACUACCAGACCUUCAUCCGAACCGCGGACUGCACCGAGCACAUCUACCGGGACUUCGGCCGGGUGGAGAGCAGCGUGUCCCGGCUGCUGGACAAGCUGCCCGGCUUCGGGGAGAGAUGCAGGGGCUUCAUGAAGGAGGCGGAGGAGAUCGCAGUGAGCCGGCGGAUGAACAGCCUCACGUUGAACCGCCACACGGAGAUCCUGGAGAUCCUGGAGAUCCCUCAGCUCAUGGACACCUGCGUCCGCAACGGCUACUACGAGGAGGCUCUGGAGCUGGCAGCCUACGUGAAGAGGCUGGAGAAGAAGCACUCUGCACUGCCGGUCAUCCAGGGAAUCGUGCGUGAAGUCCGUCAGUCGACUCAGCUGAUGCUCAACCAGCUGCUGCAGCAGCUGCGCAGCAACUCGCAGCUCCCCGUGUGCCUGCGUGUGAUUGGCUACCUGCGGAGGAUGGACGUGUUCACGGAGGCGGAGCUGCGGGUGAAGUUCCUGCAGGCGCGCGGCACCUGGCUGAGCUCCAUCCUCAACGCCAUCCCUGAAGACGACCCGUACUUCCACGUCACCAAAACCAUCGAGGCCUGCAGGGUGCACCUGUUUGACAUCAUCACGCAGUACAGAGCCAUCUUCUCUGACGAGGACCCGCUGGUGCCCCCCGCCGGCGGGCAGGUGGCGGUGAACGAGGCCGCCAUCUUCCACGGCUGGGUGGUGCAGAAGGUGGCUGAGUUCCUGGAGACUUUGGAGAGGGACCUGCAGCGCGGCGUGGGCGGCCGCCUGGACUCUCUGCUGGGUCAGUGCAUGUACUUCGGCCUGUCCUUCAGCCGGGUGGGGGCGGACUUCCGCGGACAGCUGGCGCCGAUGUUCCAGCAGGUGGCGGCGGAGACGUUCCGCGGCGCCGUGCAGGAGGCGGUGGACAAGUUCCAGGAGGACAUGAACCUGUACACGCUCAUCGCCCUGCCCUCGGUGCUGGGAGGCACCAUCCCCCCCGUGGCCCCCAGCACCCAGCCCGGCACCCUGCAGCCGCCCAUGGCGCUGCUGGACUUCCAGCCGCUGGCCUGCUUCCUCAACAACAUCCUGACGGCCUUCAACGACCUGCGGCUCUGCUGCCCCGUCGGUCUGGCUCAGGAUGUCACCAGAUGCCUCGAAGAUGGCCUCAAGAAGGUGACCCGUCAGAUUCUGGUCUUCCACCGGGCGGAGGAGUCGGCCUUCAGCGACAGAGAGAAGGAGCUGUUUGUUCAGUUCUGCUGCUCGUAUGCUGACGAUCUGCUACCGUUCCUGAACCGGUGCCUGCAGGUUCUGUUCCCUCCGGCUCAGCUCGCGCUCAUCCUGGGUGUUCCCCCGACCCAGCUGCACAGGUACGGCAGUCUGGGCUGCAUCGAGCUCCCCGCGGUCCUCGAGCCUCUCGACUUCCUGCUUCCUCAGAGAGAGACGUUGGCGCCGCCGCCGUCGAUGCCGGAGCUCGACCUCACUGCCGAGCUGAGCAGCGGAACGUUUCAGACGCAGCCCAAAGAACCAGCAACAGAUCCCGACCUCACGGUGGAGACGGGGAGUCCAGACCCAGCACUGACCUGGUCCGGUCUCAGAGAGAGAGAGUCUGAACCGACCGAGCCGAAGUCUGAGGAACUCGACGAAGAGUUUUCUUUGGAGUGACGCUAAAACUGAAACCAUGAGCUGGUGACAGGUUCUGCUUCUGUCUUUUGGGGUUUUUGAAGAAUCAUUUUGGACUCUUAAGAAACGGUGAUGGACUCUUAUUUUAAUAAUUCAAUAAAAAGUCUAACUUCCUGUCUCUA